AUGCCGCGGGGCGAGACCGAUGGCUUCAUGACACUCGACUGGAGCGUGCUUCCUUCUAUACUGUCUAAUCAGCAACAAUGGCCUUUGCACAAUGAAGGCGAGGCACGUCUGUUGCACCACUUCAUUGUUAAUUUGAUACUUCUGCGCUUGCACGAAGAGAUGAGCGAGGCCGAUGACCAGUGUCAUCAUCUAGGCUCGGCCAGAGUUCUCAAUUCAAUCUGCUCAUUCGCUGCAGAUGGCGGUCUGCGAGAGGCCGCCAGUUGGAUAUCGUUGCGUAAGCAUCUGAUGGUAUCGCUUGUCAAACAACAGCCGCUGGACCUAGACCUCUCCAAUUACCGCUUCUCAAAGGUAUUCGAUUCCCCGCUGCAGGACAAUGAGUCGUGGACAAAUCGCAUCAUCUAUAUCUUCGCCAGUAUCUUACAGCAGGCGCUUGACGAUACUGAAAACCAAGGGUUGAGUGUGAAUCAAUGGACGCAGCUAAGAUCAGAGGUGGACGAGUGA